GUCGUGUAGGUAGGGCUGAUCGCUCGCUCGAAACGUUUUACACACAACCCUUCAGAGGAGGAGGGAAAAAUGGCGUCUCCGAAAACAGUGCCUAAAGAUGCACAGGUCAUGAUGCAGAUUCUUAAAGACAUGGGCGUCACGGAGUACGAACCCCGAGUGGUCAAUCAAAUGCUGGAGUUUACAUACAGAUAUGUAACCACUAUUAUUGAGGAUGCCAAAAUAUAUUCUGCCCAUGCCAAGAAGUCCAGUGUGGAUGCAGAUGAUAUAAGGUUAGCGAUCCAGUGUCGAGUGGAUCAGUCCUUCACGUCUCCUCCGCCACGAGAUUUUCUGUUGGACAUUGCAAGGCAGAAGAACCAAACCCCUUUGCCUCUGAUCAAACCGUACACUGGUCCUCGUCUUCCUCCUGACCGUUACUGUCUCACUGCACCAAACUACAGACUAAAGUCCCUCCAGAAAAAGGUGUCUUCAUCUGCGGGCAGGAUAACAGUCCCACGCUUGAGUGUUGGAGCAGUGUCCAGCAGGCCAAGCACUCCAACACUUGGUACACCAGUGCAGACGGUGGGGACAAAAGUGGGAACACCAGUGUCACUGACCGGCCAGCGCUUCACUGUUCAGAUUCCCUCCUCACAGGCUGCCUCGGUCAAGUCAGCUACUCCUACCACUCCCACAGUCCAAAAUGUCCUCAUCAACCCGUCUCUCAUCGGCUCCAAAAACAUUCUCAUUACUACCAAUAUGGUGUCUCAGAAUUCAUCCAGUGAGUCCACAUCCCUGAAGAGGAAGCAUGAAGAUGAGGAUGACUAUGACGCUUUAUGACCUGCUGCAGUGUUUUUUGCGAGUCAUGAAGGCAAAGGGGAUUCUGUAAAUAAGCUUUCCAUAACUCUGAACUUGCUUUUCAGUAGUUUAGCCUUGUUUAGAUCAUCCAAUUGUAACCGUCAACUGCCAGUUACUGUUCAUUUUAAGUAUUAAAAAAAUUAAAUUGAUAAAA